UAGAUUAGCAGUUUUAGAUACUGAAGAAAUAAAGAGAUAGAAAAUGGAAAAGAAAAAGAAGUAAAGAGUAUUUUAAGAGAGAAAGAGAAGGAAAAAUGAAAGCAGACUCGCAUAUCUUAGAAAAACAUCACACUUUGUCCUUUAAGCCCAAGGUGGACUUUGAAGAGAGAGGACUGUAUUUUUUUAGGAGGAGUAGGCAGAACAGCAGGGCGGAUGCAAAGCAGAACAAGGAGGAGAGACUUUGAGAAAGAAAGUGGGAGGUAAAAAAAAAAACUUGAGCUUAAAAAAAAAAGAGAGAAUCUGUCUUUUGGUGGUUGCUUAUGAACAGAUAGUAGCCUACCUUAAGCCUCAUGCUCUCUGCGUGUGUGUUUCCAUGGUGAUGUCUGGAGGGCAGACCAGUGGAGAGGCUGCUGGUGCCACGCAGCGACUCAGGACCAGCCCGAGCCCGGAGAGAGAAGACCUGGAGGGGCUUUCCUCACCACCAGCUGCCCACAAACUCUCACCCAUGUACCCUAAGGAGGAGCACAGUGUGGGGGGCAUCAGCUCCUCUGUCAACUAUCUUGAUGGAUCCUACGAGUUCCCAAACCCCACACAAACCUACGGCACCUCGUCACCCGCCGAGCCUGCCUCGGUCGGAUACUACCCAGCUCCCCCGGACCCCCACGUGCCCCCCGUAGAAGAGCAUCUGCAGUCGUUAGGCAGCCCUCGCAUCUUUGCACCCUCCAGCCCUCAGUUGUCCCCAUACCUGAGCCAUCCUGGUGGUCACCCCUCGACCCACCAGGCGUCCUACUACCUGGACACCCCUUCUAGCUCUCUCUACAGGUCCAGUGUGGUAUCUUCUCAGCAGGCAGGUGGUGGUUUGUGUGAGGAGCUGUGCAGUGCCUCUGACAGACAGGAGAUGUACUCCGGAUCAAGAGGCACAGGAGGGUUUGAUUCAGAGAAGGAGACGCGCUUCUGUGCAGUGUGCAGUGAUUAUGCCUCUGGUUAUCAUUAUGGAGUCUGGUCCUGUGAGGGAUGUAAAGCUUUCUUCAAGAGAAGCAUUCAAGGUCACAAUGACUAUGUUUGUCCAGCGACCAACCAGUGCACUAUUGACAGAAACCGCAGGAAGAGCUGCCAAGCAUGCAGACUACGCAAGUGUUAUGAAGUAGGCAUGGUGAAAGGAGGUAUUCGUAAGGACCGCGGUGGGCGUGCUAUCAGGCGUGAGAGGAGGAGGAGCGGUAAUGAAGAUCUCAUCAAGAGCUACAGUGAGCAGUCAAGCCAUAGUGGUUCAAGAACAGCUCCCCCGCAGGACAAGAGGAAGAAGAGCAGCGGCGGCGGGGUCAGUGCUUUAUGCCUUCCUCCUGACCAGGUGCUGCUGUUGCUUCUGGAGGCAGAGCCGCCGGCCGUCUGCUCGCGACAGAAACACAGCCGCCCAUUCACCGAGAUCACCAUGAUGUCCCUGCUCACAAACAUGGCUGACAAAGAACUCGUCCACAUGAUCGCCUGGGCUAAGAAAGUACCAGGGUUCCAGGAUCUCUCUCUGCACGAUCAGGUUCAGUUGUUGGAGAGCUCUUGGCUGGAGGUGUUGAUGAUCGGCCUCAUAUGGAGGUCUAUUCAUUCACCUGGAAAACUCAUCUUCGCUCAGGAUCUCAUCCUGGAUAGGAGUGAAGGGGAAUGUGUCGAGGGGAUGACUGAGAUUUUCGACAUGCUCUUGGCGACCGUGGCUCGCUUCCGUAGUCUCAAACUCAAGCUGGAGGAAUUCGUUUGUCUCAAAGCCAUCAUACUUCUCAAUUCUGGUGCAUUUUCAUUCUGCUCCAGUUCAGUGGAGCCCCUGAUGGACAGCUUCAUGGUGCAGUGCAUGCUGGACAACAUCACUGAUGCCCUCAUUUACUGCAUCAGUAAAUCAGGUGCCACCCCGCAGCUGCAGUCUCGCCGGCAGGCCCAGCUCCUGCUGCUGCUCUCACACAUCAGACACAUGAGCAACAAAGGAAUGGAGCACUUAUACCGAAUGAAAUGUAAGAAUCGAGUCCCACUGUAUGACCUUUUGUUAGAGAUGCUGGAUGCCCAGCAAUUCCAUUCUUCAAGAAAAGUGCAGCGACCGUGGUCACAGAGUGAGAAAGACUCUUGGUCUACACCCACAGCCGGCAGCAGCAGCCCCUCCAGAGGUCCUGGAGCCAUGCAGCCCAACACGGCCAGAGUCCAGACCCCUGAUCUGUGUCCAGUCCAACAACUGAAGAAUGUGAAGACUGUGAACCAGUCAGUGCUGGCUAAUAGAUUUGAAGGUGGAACUGAAGUCUCUCUUUGUGCCUUAUCAGAGAAUACUUUAGAUUCUAGAAGACCCAUCUAGAAAUGAACACAUUUUAAAAUGUAAAGAGGUUGAGUCUUCAAAUAAAACAGUAUACAUCUAU